AUGGCGACAACCACCCAAAGAUUGGCCCGCACCAUCCUGCGACCAUCGAGAGGUCUAUUCCGGAGCACUCCCCUUUUAGGACGCAUGGCUCCAUCAACCGGUAGAUCACUCACCUUCUAUGGUGUGCGGCCAUUCUCGUACCACAGGCCGACUCCUGAGAUACAAGAUGACCUAGAGAAAGUUGGAGAGAAGCUAUCGCACCAAUCGGGUCUAGAGAUCACAAUGAACAUCUUCGAUAGUACUGCUCAGUGUCCCGACGGCCGGAAGAUGGUACUGAGCGCGAUACAGACUGAGCAAUCUCGAAUCCAGCUACGACAGGCAGAUCUUUACAAGCAACAAAGCUCUCUAAUGCGUGAGCUCAAAAGCGCACACGAGGCCGAUCUGAAGGACAUCCUCGCCUCUUCUCCAAAGAUUCAACGCAGAGUAUCAGCAUUCAAAGAUGAUGCUGAGGGUAGCACUUCAAGGGGAGAGAAAGUGAGUACUGGAACAUCCAUUACGGAGUCGCAAGCAGCUGCAGUGAGCCAACCUGACAGAACAAGCCCCAGCAGGGCAGCAGGUGAUGCCUUAAAGCUUCGAGCGCAGAUCCCGACCGAGCAGUUAAAAGCGGAGGAAGACGGGGAGUUGAGUCAGGAUGAAGCAAAGUCCGAGAAGGAAGAAGGCUGGAGAGUUUUCGAUACUCUGACGCUCAGUAUCACACUCGUGGCGGUGGGCAGAUUAUACAAUGGCAUAGCCAUCAGCGGAGUCUCGCUCUGGUGA